ACUGAACUUACCCAAACUCUUUUUUCUGUAAACAUCUGUCUAAUUAUAAUGACUACUUCCGAUAAUUGUGUAUCAGAUAGAUUAAGUGUGCAAUACGGUGAGUCCAUAAUGCACAUCUGUAACAAAUUGGAUUGGGAUGAUGAAAACGAAAUCGUGACCUCAUAACAGGGACCUGGGAUGGUAUAGACAAGUAAACAAUAAAAUCGCAAAUGUAUAACAAAAAUGACUUCGGCUGCGUGAUCGCUUUUAACGAGAAAAUAAUUAAGAAUUUACAAUCCCAAUGUGUAAAUCCUAAUGAGAAUCAAAAAUGAGUCGAUAUAAUGUGUGGAAGUUCAGAAAUAAUAUGCUUUAUGUGAUUGAAUUCAAAUCUGUAGAAUUUUAAAUCUGAUGCCGAAUCAAGGAAAAUAUUGUAGUGAAAAAAGGCUCAUACUACGUAUUCAAGCAAGCUUCCGUCUAGUAAUAAAACAAAACUAUAACUAACACCAGAAAAUUAUUCGUUAGCUGUUCUCGUGUGGUAAAUCGAAGCUAUUUAUGAUUGUGAUUAUCAGUUCAGAUUACAUCACGACCGUGCCCUGAUUGAAGUAAAAAUUAAAGCUAGCAGAAUAUUCUGCUACCGGAACGAACAAGUCGCAAUUGGCUUCGAGCAGAAACAAAAAUCCUAAUCGUUCUAUAAAUAGCAUGUACGCAAUGAUGGACAACAAUGAUAAUGAGAACUAUUGUUAUCAGAAGAGCAGUGCCGGGGGUUCUUCCGGGGACGCUAGCAAGGGAGCUAUCCCAAAAGCGACUGCAGUCAAGUAUCAAAACCAUUUCAACAACAAUAACAACGUAGCAGAACAGGAGAAUCUAAUGCCGCAGGUGAACGGUGCCCAGUUGCUUCCAGAGGGCGGCGAACGUACUAACAGCGACCGGACUGAUUCUGGUGUCUUCUACACAGUUGAAACAGCCACUCAUGAAAUCGUGGAUUCUGGAGAGAGUCGGUUGAAUGGCAAAUCAGAUAGCCGCACAGCACACGAACCAUGCCCUGAUGAUGAACAACUAGCGAGUAGUAGAGCGGCCACUGGUGCUGUCGAUUCCGAUGAGGGCGAUCUGGAUGGAGAUUACUCUGACAACAACUCGCUUGGUAAUCUUUCAUACAUCAGCGAAAACGGUUUGAUCGAAGAAAUUAUUUUACUACCUAAUAACAUCUAUUCGGACGAUGAAAACGAAUCUGCCUCGGAUGAUUGUAUCUACGCUUAUCGCGGCGAUGAUCAGGUGCCAGCAUUGCUAGAAUUUCGAGAUCAACCCGCUGAUGACGAGACUGACUUUCUGGAAAUGGAUUUUGACCCGGAACCCAGUUCGGAACUGGAAAAUUUAUUAGAACAGCAGGAAAUAGACGUUGAUGCAUUUAACUCAUCACGAACCGCAGAAAGAGUUUGUCUACAGGAAGUGGAUAAAGUUAAUCCGGCUUUGAAAUGCGCUAGUUUCGAGCUAGAUAAUUCCCCACGAAGACAGGAAGAACCUCCUGAUGAGAAAAGUGGCGCUAUAGACAUCAUCGCAAGCACGCCAAUGGAGGCAAAGAAAACUGGUGCAAUACCUAAAAAACUACAGCAGCAAUCUUCAGUGGAUAGCGAAUUGGCUGGACCAAGUUCAAGAUCAUCAAUGAAGAGUAAUUCAAAAAAUUUAAAACUAGACUUGAAACUGUGUACCGACAGCAGCGCAUGUGAAGUAGACUAUCGGUUUGCUUUCCCAUAUUAUGACCGCAAAAAGUUCUGCACUGAUGGGGAUGAGGAAACUAGUUGUCUCGAUUGCACAGAAAAACAAUUCCUAAUGCAAACCAAACAGGAUUUGAGCUUACAAAGGGUAUGUCGAUCGUGUCAUCACCGUAAUCUAAACCACGGUGGGGUACCACCUGUUAUGGGGGACUGCUUUAGAGACAUCAGCCAGUCAAUGAACUCUAGCAACUCCGAAACAGAUUUAAUGAGCAUUCGAGCGGAGCAAAUUGUGCUACAAGCAUUGAACAAAAUUAACGAACUGAAAGCUACACCACCCAGUGUUAAUCUGUCCCGGAGUAUGGAGGACCUUUGUGUCGAGUUGGAUUCAGACCGAAAAGAUCAGGAAAUGGCGGCAAAUUUUAUGCAAGAGAUUUAUUCCGAAAAUACAAUAACAAUAUAUACUCUGAACUGCGGAGAACUAACGAUAAUUGAAGCUUUGACUCGCAUUGGUGUUGCUCCAAAUCUGGAUAUCCUUCGACUAUAUUUUGCCGAACAGUAUAAUGUGGAUACUAGCAAAAUGAAUAUACCCCAAUACCUACUGCAUAUGUCGAAACGUGACUGUAACAUAAAGAAACUAAUUGAGGCCAUUAAAUCCUGCUGUGAUGAACCUUUAGACGUGCAGUAUUAUCCGCUGGAUCCGCUGUCGGAUACCCCUGAGCUUGUGCAGAUAAAUUCGGCUGAGAUCGCCAAGCGGUGGAAUGAGAACACCAACUUACGACAAAUUAUCAAUUUUAAGCAUAGAUACUUUGACACGUUGAAUGUGCUUGGUAAAGUUGUCAAUAUUCUUAGAAUGCCUCACCGAGGGAGACACGCUAAUUUGACAAUUAACAUCCCCCAAUACUAUAAAAGUGGAUCCAUAACGAUAACUCGGAUUACCUGAGUUGCUACAUUUUCAAUACUACGUUAUCUUUUUUUCUCUGCCAUACUCUCUUUCUAACUCUCUUAACAGGAAUAACAAAACUUAACAAAGCGAGGUAACAAGGAUUCUCAAUUAGUUAGACAUUUGGUAUAUAAUUUACAAUAGCAAAAUGGCACAAAGUUUGUCAGGUACUGCAGGUUAUUUUUGUCGAAUUUUGCUGAGCCUGCUUACAACAGAAAAAAUGCUAUAUGUACAUUACCUAGCUGUGUAUAAUAUGUUAUAAUUCUGUAAAUAUAGAUCGCUUAUUUAUUAUCUAUAUUAUAUCGCGCUAUGAUUAGCAAAACGCAUAUCCUUGUUAGCAAGUAACUACACCUGAAAGGAAUAUUUAAGUAUAGCUUAUAGCUUUAUUAACAAUCUAGCAGGUUGUUAUCGGUGUAUCAAGUUUGAAAUGGCGAAGGAUAUGACAUUUUACAAUAAAAGUUCUGCGGGCUGAAUCGGGUGUUUUCGAAAUGAACUACAAAACGCGAUUUACUACCAAAACAGUAGAUUAACAGCUCAAAGUGGAAAUAAUGCAGUUUGUGAACGGAUGUUUACUAUAAUAAUGAACCAGGCUCUUGUACCGACUGGAUGCAUUCAUUAUACAUAUUUAUACAGAAAUGAAAACUUGUUAUUACACGAAAACCAUCUACGAUAAAUAUUGCUUAGAAAUGACAUGUCAAUAAAGUAAACUUGAACAAUGUAUAUAA